GCCGGUGUGAUUGGAGGGAAACCCCGUGGAUUAAAGUCAGACUGACGGGCUGUGAGGGCAUCAGCUGUAGUCUGGUAGACCGAGAUCACUGCUAUCUCUUAGCACUCAGUGAGAAACCAUGGUGGAUAAAAGCGAAGUGGUCCAAAACUUGGUGCAGAAGGCCAAGCUGGCAGAGCAGGCCGAGCGUUAUGAUGACAUGGCUGCCGCCAUGAAGGCUGUGACGGAGGAAGGCUCCCAACUGUCCAAUGAGGAGCGCAACCUGCUGUCAGUGGCUUACAAGAAUGUGGUGGGUGCCCGUCGCUCCUCGUGGCGUGUGGUGUCUAGCAUUGAGCAGAAGACUGAGGCUGGCGACAAGAAGCAGACCAUGGCCAAGGAGUACCGAGAAAAGAUUGAGAAGGAGUUGAAAGAGAUCUGCCACGAUGUGCUGGAACUCUUGGAAAAGCACCUCAUUCCUAAAGCCUCUGCAGCAGAGAGCAAAGUCUUCUACUUGAAAAUGAAAGGAGAUUACUACCGCUACUUGGCUGAGGUUGCUACAGGAGAGGAGAAGACCUCCAUCAUUAACAACUCAGAGGAAGGCUACGAUGGUGCCCUUGAAAUCAGCAAGAACGACAUGCAGCCCACGCACCCCAUUCGUCUCGGCCUUGCCCUCAACUAUUCUGUCUUCUUCUAUGAGAUACUUAAUUCACCUGAUAAAGCCUGCAAGUUGGCCAAGGCAGCUUUUGAUGAAGCCAUCACAGAGCUUGACUCACUGAGCGAAGAUUCAUACAAAGACAGCACAUUGAUCAUGCAACUACUGAGAGACAAUUUGACACUGUGGACGUCUGAGAACCAGGGUGAUGGUGAAGAUGCGGAGGAACCUAGAGAUUGAGGCAGAAUCCACCCCACCCCGUUGUCCCCAUCUGCCUGUCAUCACCCCUGCCUCAUCUUCACUAAUAUCUUUGAGUCCACCUCAUAUUCAUCCAGCUCUCUCUAUCUUUUUUUCUUUAGUUCCCUCACUGCACGUCAUCUCACAUCUGUGUUUACCAUUUCUUCUUAGUUACUGAGGGAAGGGAAGGUAGCUUUGGAAUUAUGGGAUGGAAAGGGCGGGGUAAGGGAGAUUGGUAAGGAAAAGGUGUGUUUAGGGUUAGGGCGGUUGUCUACUCACCUUUUGUGUUUGAUUGUGGGAGCAACAGGGCUUGUUGCGUUAUUAAUGCGGUGGGUGAAGGGGCAAGUUCUCAAUUCAUGCAAAGUGUGGCAGAUUAUUUUUAAAGUCUGAACAGUUAUACUGUAUGUAUAUUCCAUCCAUGUUAACGAUCUUGCUCUUGACUGACACCAUCACUUGAAAAUAUCUGUGGUUUCACAAUAUGAGAGUCUGCUCCUCAUAUCUGAAGAUGCUACACUUUUAACUCUGUACUUUGUUAGAGAACUGACAAGUAAAAACGGCAGGACAGGAGACAGUUUUGCCAGAACAGAAAGGUUACAUUCCAUUCACUGUCACUUGCCGUACUUUGUAUUCCUCUUAAUUAUUGUUUUUGGUUGACCUGCAUUUGUAUUUCUAUGUAUCAGUUACGAGGUAUAGAAACCUUCAGAACAAAAGAGCACACAAGCUUGUUACUGUUGCUAUUUUGUAUGAGCAGAGCGGUAAGAUUUUGUCCUCAUGAGCUGAUCUAGUUACUGCUUUUUCAAAUUAAGGUUUUUAUUUUUAUUUUAUUUUCUUUUUUUUUCUUUGGAUACUUACCUAAAUUGCAUGUGGCUAAGAAGUAUUUAGCAGAGAGGUAAGGGAGGUUGUUGUUGAGCUGGCUAGCUUUGUUCAUGUCUUUGGAAUUUUCAUACAGAACACCUAAGCAUAACUGUUAUUUGGAGGGAAAUAUGUAAUUUCAUGUAUGUGGAAUUAAAAAAAUUAAUUUAAAA